CAUAAACUUAGGUUACAGGAUGAAAUCAUAAUUGAAAAGAAAAUAACUCUAAGCGCAUUCAAGCCAGAAUUUUAAUGAAUCUGGGUUCCAUAAAAGCUGCAAAAAUUGAGAACCAUAGGGACACUGAAGCACUUACGGCAGAGGGGAACACAAGCUGUUCUUCCUCUGAUGAAUCAUCUCCUAUAAUGAGGCAUGUAAAGGGAUCAAAAGCAUUAGCCAUUGAUGGCAUUGAAAUCUUGGACACAGCUGAUCUCCACCAUGCUCCUUCCACGCUGCUUGCUCCCCAUGACGCUGAUUACCCUCCUGUUAAUAACUUUCAAGACGCCAAAUAUAUAUUUUUUCUUGAGUCCAACAAGAUAUGGGCCAUUGCUGUUCCUAUUGCUUUCAACAUCUUGUGCAAUUAUGGGAUUAACUCAUUCACCAAUAUCUUUGUUGGCCAUAUUGGAGAUCUUGAAUUAUCCGCAGUUUCAAUUGCUUUAUCUGUCGUUUCAAAUUUCUCUUUUGGAUUCUUGCUUGGCAUGGGAAGUGCACUUGAGACGCUUUGUGGACAAGCAUUUGGAGCCGGGCAAGUAGAAUUGCUAGGUGUAUAUUUGCAACGUUCAUGGAUAAUCCUUUUUGUAGCUUGCUUAUUUCUAAUGCCUCUUUUCAUAUGGGCAACACCAAUCUUAAAGCUUCUUGGUCAACGAGAUGACAUAGCUGAACUUGCUGGGACGUUUACUAUUCAAGUAAUGCCUCAAAUGCUUUCAUUAGCCUUCAACUUCCCAACCCAGAAAUUCUUGCAGGCACAAAGCAAAGUUGGUGUUCUAGCAUGGAUUGGCUUUGUAGCUCUGAUUGGGCACAUUACUUUAUUGCUUCUGUUUAUACAUGUGUUUGAUUGGGGAACUGCUGGAGCUGCUGCUGCUUUUGACAUAUCAGCUUGGGGGAUAUCAAUUGGCCAGAUAAUUUAUGUGGUGGGUUGGUGUAAAGAUGGGUGGAAAGGGUUGUCUUGUUUGGCCUUUAAAGAUAUAUGGGGAUUUGUAAGAUUGUCUAUAGCUUCAGCUGUCAUGCUUUGCCUUGAGUUUUGGUAUUUUAUGAGCAUAAUUGUUCUCACUGGUCACCUUGAUGAUCCAGUUAUUGCCGUUGGUUCUCUUUCCAUAUGUAUGAACAUCAAUGGGUGGGAAGGCGUGGUUUUCAUUGGAGUCAAUGCAGCUAUAAGCGUACGGGUGUCUAAUGAGCUUGGAUCAGGACAUCCCAGAGCUGCAAAAUACUCUGUGGUUGUCACAGUCUUACAAUCUCUUCUUAUUGGGAUUAUUGCUGCUACUAUCAUCAUGGCAACAAGACACCAGUUUUCCAUGAUCUUCACUGACAGCCAACGGAUGCAAAACGCUGUGGCUAACUUAGCUUACCUACUUGGUAUAACCAUGGUGCUAAAUAGUGUCCAGCCUGUUAUAUCUGGAGUUGCAGUCGGUGGAGGGUGGCAAGCUUUGGUGGCUUAUAUAAAUUUGUUCUGUUAUUACGUUAUUGGGCUCCCUCUAGGGUUUUUUCUUGGUUACAAGAUGGACUAUGGAGUACAGGGAAUCUGGGUUGGCAUGAUUUGUGGGACUUUUUUGCAGACAAUUAUCCUGGUGUACAUCGUUUACAAAACCAACUGGAACAAAGAGGUUGAACAAGCGUCUGAAAGAAUGCAAAAGUGGGGAGGAUUGCGGCAAAGAUUUGAUAAAUAGAAUUGGCUUGCAUCCAUCUUGUCAACCAGUUAUUAAUUGUGUGAUUAAUGAUUAAUUAAUUGUCUUAUACAGAUUAAUAACACUUGAAUGUUUCUUAAUUAUUAUUUA